AUGCGUGAAGCAAUCUGCAUCCACAUCGGCCAGGGUGGCGUGCAGAUCGGUAAUGCUUGCUGGGAGCUCUUCUGCCUCGAGCAUGGGAUCCAGCCUGAUGGCCAGAUGCCUUCGGACAAGACGAUCGGUGGGGGAGAUGACGCCUUCAACACCUUCUUCAGCGAAACAGGCGCUGGCAAGCACGUCCCCCGCUGCGUAAUGGUCGAUUUGGAGCCCACGGUCGUGGAUGAGGUGCGCACGGGGACCUAUCGUCAGCUCUUUCAUCCGGAGCAGCUCAUCUCGGGCAAAGAGGAUGCGGCGAAUAACUUUGCGCGCGGACAUUACACGAUCGGCAAGGAGAUCGUGGACUUGGUACUGGAUCGCAUCAGAAAGCUUGCCGACAAUUGUACCGGGCUUCAGGGCUUCUGCGUGUACAAUGCUUGUGGUGGUGGCACAGGAUCUGGUCUGGGCUGCCUGAUGCUGGAGCGGUUGUCGGUGGACUAUGGCAAGAAGAGCAAGAUCUCAUUCACAGUCUGGUGCUGCCCUCAAGUUGCCACUGCCGUGGUCGAGCCCUACAACACUGUCUUGUGCGUGCACUCCCUCCUCGAGCACACGGACGUGACAAUCAUGUACGACAACGAAGCCUUGUACGAUAUUUGCCGCAGGAACUUGGACAUCGAGCGCCCCACGUACACGAAUCUGAAUCGUCUCAUUGCCCAGAUCAUCUCAAGCUUGACUGCGUCCCUGCGCUUUGACGGAGCCUUGAACGUGGACAUCACGGAGUUCCAGACCAAUCUUGUCCCCUAUCCUCGCAUCCACUUCAUGUUGACCUCCUAUGCCCCGGUCAUUUCUGCGGAGAAGGCCUACCAUGAGCAGCUGUCUGUGGCUGAGAUCACCAUGUCUGUGUUCGAGCCGGCGUCCAUGAUGGUGAAAUGCGAUCCUCGUCAUGGCAAGUACAUGGCCUGCUGCAUGAUGUAUCGCGGUGACGUCGUGCCCAAGGAUGUGAAUGCUGCUGUGGCAACCAUCAAGACCAAGCGCACCAUCCAGUUCGUGGACUGGUGCCCCACCGGCUUCAAGUGCGGCAUCAACUACCAGCCACCCACCGUGGUGCCGGGUGGUGACCUUGCCAAGGUCAUGCGUGCCUGCUGCAUGAUUUCAAACAGCACGGCCAUUGCCGAAGUCUUCUCCCGCAUUGACCACAAGUUCGAUCUGAUGUACUCGAAGCGUGCCUUCGUCCACCACUACGUUGGAGAAG